UACUCUCUACGACAUUAACCGCACUCAUUUUGAUAGAAGUUGUCAUUGCUGUGAUAUAUUCAAGAUGGCUACGAAGAAAUUUUUCCAUUGAUUUCUGUCAUUCUGUAUGCCAGUCUGUCGAACAUUUUUCAUAAAGAUUUAAACAAAAACCGAAUUAAAGAUGGGUAAAGAACCAACCAAAGAAGAAUUGGAAGCUCAAGUACCAUUCUGCGCUCCAUUUGAUCCACGGUUCCCAAAUACCAACCAAACCAAAUAUUGUACUCAAUCAUUCAUCGAUUUUUAUAGAUGCCAGAAAUUGCGUGGCACAGACUACGAACCAUGCUACUACUUUGAAAAGGUUUUCCACAACAUUUGUCCAAAUUCCUGGGUAGAAAAAUGGCAAGAUCAAAUGGCCAACGGAACUUUCCCAGUUAAAAUCUAAAAAAAAGUCUUAUACUAAGCACACACACACAAUUUAAUUAUGAACAACAUCGUUUGCACCACAAUCAACAACAGUGUGUAAACAUGAUGGCUUUGUUGUAUUUAGAAAAAUGCUAUUAAAUGUAGUCCAAACCAACUACAAAA